UUAACUAGGGCUUUAGUUUUUAUUUCACUCCCCCACUUCACUGGUUUCAACCUAUCAAUCCAGACGCGUGUCUGGUGCAACGCUCGGGUUUAUGGCAAAAUCAUCUCAGGCAUUUGCUUAACCUUCUCCAGAAAGGCAUUUUCAGGGGUUCACAGUGAGACGGUGCACAGGUUGGCACAGAGUUAGUAGGGGCAGUUUUGUUUCGAUUUGCGGGCAAAUCUCUAAGAUCUCUCCGUUUAACUUUCGCCCGCAAUUCCCAAAGCCGCUAAAGCCGUUUCCGGCGCUCUACCCCGCCGCAGGCCGAGGCUGGCGCAGAGAGACAGGAAGCGCCGGCUCUGGGCGUCUGGGUCCUCGCCUUCUCGGCCGCAGCCCCGCGGCGGCGCGCUCGCGGUGCAUUGUGGGCGCUGUAGUCCGGCCGGAACCUGUUUGCGACCCCGAGUCCCAUGACACCGCUUCUCCUCACACCCCAGCCCGCAGUGCCCCUCCCCAGCCUCGGCCGGGCCUCCCGGGAGCCGGGCGUGGCGUUCCAGCUAGUGAGCCGUUUCUCCCCUGGGCUCGGAGGCGGAAGCUUGAGGGGCGCGGGGAGGAGCUUCGCGUGCGGGGUGAACGCUCGCUCUACGUGCUCGUUCUCUUCGCGACCGCUGCGCGCGAGCCCCGUGUCCCCACGGCGGGCAGCAGCGGCGGCGGCGGCGGCGGCUGAACGCGGAGGGGGCGGAGGGAGCGGAGGGAGCCCGCGGCGGCGGCAGCAGCUACAGCGAAAUGGCGGAGACCGUGGCUGACACCAGGCGGCUGAUCACCAAGCCGCAGAACCUGAAUGACGCCUACGGACCCCCCAGCAACUUCCUCGAGAUCGAUGUGAGCAACCCGCAGACGGUGGGGGUCGGCCGGGGCCGCUUCACCACUUACGAAAUCAGGGUCAAGACAAAUCUUCCUAUUUUCAAGCUGAAAGAAUCUACUGUUAGAAGAAGAUACAGUGACUUUGAAUGGCUGCGAAGUGAAUUAGAAAGAGAGAGCAAGGUCGUAGUUCCCCCGCUCCCUGGGAAAGCGUUUUUGCGUCAGCUUCCUUUUAGAGGAGAUGAUGGAAUAUUUGAUGACAAUUUUAUUGAGGAAAGAAAACAAGGGCUGGAGCAGUUUAUAAACAAGGUCGCUGGUCAUCCUCUGGCACAGAACGAACGUUGUCUUCACAUGUUUUUACAAGAUGAAAUAAUAGAUAAAAGCUAUACUCCAUCUAAAAUAAGACAUGCCUGAAAUUUGGCAAGAAGGGGCAAAAACGUGACUAUUAAUGAUUGAUAAGCACCAGUGAAGAAGUUCUAACUUUUAGCAUGCUGCACAGAAACUGGUAUAACAUGCCUUCAGUAUACUAACACUCAUAUGCUCAGUUUUGUUUUGUUUUGGCAGUUGACAAGAAGUUAAUUUGCUUUAGUAAAAAUCCCUCAUUCCAGCCUUUCUAUAUAAAUAGCUCUUUCUUGCUGUUUUAAUGUGGUGCACACUAUAGCCUCACAAACCUGUUAUUCCAAUGUAAUCUGCAGUGUCGUAACUAAAGUUACUGGCUUGGUCUUAUUUGCACAGUUUUUGCGUCUUGUUUGCUUCUUGCAUCUGAUUAACUAGAAUAUUUCUCUUUCCCCCUUUUAAUGUGUGAUGUCACUUGACCCCAUUUAUGUGUAGGAGCACUACACCAUUGGUUUCCAAUACUGCACACAUAAGAUACAUACUUGUGUGCAGAAAGUAUCUUCCUCCAGGCUUGUAAUACCCUUCACAUGGAAGAUUAAUGAGGGAAAUCUUUAUAUUCUGUAUAAAAACAAAAGCAAAUUUAUAUACUAAAAUCAUUUGUCUAAAAAUUUAAGUUGUUUUCAAAUAAAAAUUAAAAUGCAUUUCUGAUAUGCA